AUGCUUCGCCCUCGGUUCGUCGCUGCUUCUAUUCGCAGGAACGGUAGUCACUGCGCCAACGGUACGCUUGCCCGUGGCGUCUUUCAUGCAGCAACUUCAUCAACGGCGCGCAUCAAUGGCGUGCGCCGGUCACUGGCGCUCUUCUCACUGCCCUUGUCUCGCACUGCGCGUGGCUUUGGGCACCUCGUGCGUGAGGUCGACACACACGGCUUCAGAGGCGACAUCCAUGUGCUGCGGCACAAGAACGCUGCGGCGACGCAGCGGUACGUGGCGGAGGCCCUCGCGUCACCGCAGAAUAUGAUUUUCUGCGGUGCCUACCACACAGGCAAGAUGACAAUUCUCAAGGCUAUUGGCGAGGCCUGCGAGACGCAGCAGAAAAAGGUGGCGUAUGUGUCGGCGGAUGCACAGCGUGCCUGCCGCUUCGAAGGGCUGCUGCUGUACCACUUUCUUGGACUGCGCUACAUGGGCCGUGAGGAGCUUCCCUCACGCGACCAGCUUGACGGCACGUUGGAACGACACGCGCGGCUGUGCGAGGCGACAUACGCCGGCUGCGUGCCGAGUUUGCGGACGGUCGACGUGUUGAUCCUCGACGCCGUUCAUCAAAUAGCACCGACCAUCAUUCUGUCGAUGGACACAGUUUGCCGCCAGCUGCGUGGGCGGCCUAAUGAGGCGUUCGGUGGCCUCCGCGUGUUUGCUGCAGCAGACUUCUGGCGCCUGUCGGUGCACCCCGGUAGUGACACAGGGGGCUAUAUCUACCAACUAGACAACUGGGACGAGCUCUUUCCUCGACAGCGUCUGCUGGAGAAGAUACACGGCCAGGCCCGGCGGCUCACGGCACUUGUUAACAAGGCGUACUGCGGCCUGCUUACGUCGCAAGAUAUUGAGGAACUAGAGGUGCGAUCGACCAAAGGGAGGCCGACAGCACAGGAAGAUGCCGACGACGAAGACGGGGAAAAUGCAGACGACGUUGAUGUGGGCGCUGCAGACACAACAGCGGCGAGUUCCCUCAAGCCGGACAAUGGCAGUGGCAGGCACAGCAGCAGCGGAAGGAGCACAUCACUUCCACCACAAGAUUUGAUUUCUAAUGUGGAAACCAUCGUGAAGUUUACAUCGCGGUUUCCAAAGCAGCCGGCGAUCCGUGUGUUGCCGCCUCGCUUCCGCACGCUUAAACGCACGGAGAUUGGGAAUUACGUUGUUAACAUGAUGUUGCAGUCCUCCUUACCACAGUCCUUCUGUCUAGUCGAUUCCCUCAACCUCGACGUUGGGGCAUCGGUCCAUCUCCUGUUGGACGCUCCUGCCUCCUUCGGUGUGCCUGCUGGUACCGUUGGCGAGGUGUUGCAGGUGAAGGAGCACGUACUCGUUGUGCACUUCCCAUCGGUGCACCGCACGGUGGAUGUGCCGCGGAUGCGCGUCAGCGUCUACCACUCAUUCUACCCAGAGGUGCGCUACGAGUUGCAGCAGUUUCCGCUCUUUCCGCGUCACUGCAUCUCGCCAAUGAACAUUACUGGAUACAAGCACACGUACAACGUCCAUAUUGACUGCAGUCGUCUUGCAGAUACUAACGAUCUUGGGAACAUACUCGCACGUAUGCGCUCCUUUGAUGACUUUAGCAUGCAUCGGACACAAUCCUUUGUUCGCCUCGAUGGGAUGGUGCAUGAGCCGACGCGCAUCUACUACCAACGCAUCACCAACCGUCCCAUUUCCACCGCGGCAGAGCAGUGGUGCCGCAACUGCAAGUCAUAUGUGCCAACGGCAGAAUUCUACACGCAUUGGGACAAAUGCAUUCGGCAUGUGCGGUGGUGCAGCGAGUGUAACACACGGAUUCCACUGGAGCGUCUUAUUCCACAUCAGGAGAAGCACCAGAUCGUCCUCUGCAUGGACUGCGGCAAGGCUGUGGAAUGGCGGCAGUGGGAGGGUCACCGUCUCACGUGCUCUGCUAUGAUGCGGGAGGUGUCGCCGGAGAAUGAGUUCCUGCCGCUCCGCACCCGCCAGCUCGCGCUAGAGAUGGGGCUCGACAAGCGUGACUUACACACCAUGCGGGCAUUCAGCCGUGGUCUUCUGCCCAAGUCGAGGAAGCAGUGCACCAGCGGUGAUCCGCAUUGA